AUUUGGAAGUUCUGGAGCGAGUUGUGAACGAGCCUGCCGGGGAGCGCGCCCCCACCCCACCUGUGCGCACCUGGCUCAGGUGUCCCGCGCAGGUCCAGAGAAAACUCUCCCUUUGGACGUCUGGGACGACUGAGCCAAGAUCCACAGUUCAGGAGCUGGGAGCUUCCCGACCCGCUGCAGACCUCGCAGAGGGAAGAGCCCGCGCUGCAUGUCUCCCGGCAGUGUGCGGCCCCGGCAUGCAGCACGAGCUGUGGCUGAAGGCGAAGCUGCAGGUCCUGGGCUCGCUGAAGCCGGUCAGCGCGAUGAGGGACGCGUCCAGCAAUCCCGACAGCGCGGGGGACGCCAGCGUUUGCGCCACCAAAGAGGAAGGUGUUGGUGCCGCAGGACCAAUCAGCUCUCUCGGCCCGAUCACGCCCACCAAACCUGCCAAUCCCAUCAAGGCCUCCAGGACCCACCAGGAACUCCACAAGGAGCUCCUCAUGGCGCACAGGAAUCUCAGGGGUCUGGGGGUGAGCAGCAAGCCGGAGCUGCAGCUGGUGCUGGAGAGGCGCCAGCGAGAGAGGACGCAGAGGGAGGCGGGCGAGCAGGGCCGGACCCCCCUGGAGCUGGAGCUGCUGCGGAGGCAGCAGAGGCAGCAGGAGGUGGAACGGCAGCGCGAGAACGAGCGAGAGGACACCCAGGUCCCCGAGCUUGUGAAAGUGAGACAGAACCUGAGGAAGACCGGUCCCAAGGAGCCCCCGGGCACCCAGGCCUGAAGAGCCGCCCGCCAGCCGCGCACUGGCGCAGAAUCUCCCGGCCCAGCCUGGCCAGUCUGAGCUCAGAUUCCCGGACUCCCGGACUCCCAGACUGAGACUCCCGGACUCCCAGACUGAGACACCCGGACACCCGGACUCCCGGACUCCCAGACUGAGACUCCCGGACUCCCAGACUCCCGGACUCCCAGACUC